AUGAUCUCCUUAGAUGGGUAUGAGAGUCAUUUCCAGGAGCCUAUAUCCAGAGAAAUGAAGAAGAUGAACAGGAUGAUUCAACUACAGUUCCAGAUGAAGAAGGUUCAGAGGAUCAACAAGGUGGAGUUGAAGAUGAUGCAGAAGAAGAAUCAACCCCAGCAUAAGCAGAAGAGGAUAUCGAAGAAAGAAAGAGUUUAUAUAAUUAUGAUGAGAUCCCACUCAGAGAUCGUCUCUCAGAAGAAGAAGGCUGCAAAGGAGUCCAAGAGGAAGUCUUUCUCUCCUGAAGUUAAAGGGGAGAAACCAUCAUCAAGUUCUAAAAAGGAAAUGAAGAAGAAGGCAACUCAGCAUCCUGAAGACAGUGAUGAAGACAGAUUCCUUGAUAAAGAUCUAAGAAGAAGUUUUGAGUCUGUUGUAGAAAGAGGAAUUGUGGUUGAAAGGGUAAUAGAUACGACUGCCUUCGAGAAGUAUGGUCUGACUGAGUUGCUUAAAGAAAGAAGCCUAUACAAGUCUGCAACAUUUGUUGAGAGCUACAGCUUGUCUCUAGUACAAGAAUUCUACAGCAAUUUACUGCCAUCUGAUAAAGGCAUCUCUAGAGUCUUUAUCCGAGAAAAAUGGAUUCCGUUUACCCCAACUAGUUUGAACAAAUUUCUAGAGUUCAAAUCUGAAGUAAAAGGGAUCUAUGAAGAAGGGCUAGAGCUGAAUGAGGAGGUUCUGAAAGAUAUCACUGGAGGAAGGACCGAGUCAUGGGGAGAACAGUCAAGACUUCCAGCCUCCACCCUCACAGCUAAGUACAAUGUUCUAUUUAGACUUGGCAUCUUGAAUUGGCUACCUAUCCCACAUAAUUCUAGCAUAGUGAAGGAGCUGGCACUCUUGCUAUAUGCUGUUGGAACUGGCAAAAAGUUCAAUCUCAGAAGGCUGAUCUUUUAG